UUGGGGGCGGGGUAAUCUAGCCUGUUCUUAACCGCUAUCCCAGUCUGGGAGGAACAUGCAUUUCUUAUAAAGCCUGUUCACUGUGCUACACACACACAGACACACACACACACACACACAUCAACACCCAGCAGCAGCGGAGCAAUCUACAAUAUACAUUAUUAUAUCUAACAUGGCAGAGAACGGGACUACAGAGAACGGGCAGCCAGAGAAAAAGAUCCCUUUCUUCCCUCAUCCCAUUAAAAACCUGGAAGUGAAGUACACAAAGGUUUUUAUUAAUAAUGAGUGGCACACUUCUGUCAGUGGUCUUAAAUUUGCGACUUACAACCCUGCAACUGGCACUAAAAUCUGCGACGUGGAAGAAGCUGACAAGGCUGAUGUAGAUAAGGCAGUGGAAGCUGCAAAAGCAGCUAACCUCAGGAGCUCUCCAUGGAGAAAGAUGGAUGUGUCGAGUCGAGGGAGACUGUUACACAAACUGGCAGACCUCAUUGAAAGAGAUCGGGUGGCGUUAGCUACAAUGGAAACGAUGGACACAGGAAAACCAUUCCUCCAUGCAUUUUUUAUUGACCUGGAAGGCUGUAUAAAAACCUUGAGAUACUAUGCAGGCUGGUCUGAUAAAAUACAUGGCAAAACCAUGCCAGUGGAUGAUGACUUUGUGUGUUUCACUAAGCAUGAACCCGUCGGUGUGUGUGGAGCCAUCAUCCCCUGGAACUUUCCCUUAUUAAUGUUUAUGUGGAAGAUGGCUCCAGCACUGAGCUGUGGGAACACUGUGGUUAUCAAGCCUGCAGAGCAGACGCCUCUAACAGCACUGUACAUGGGUGCUUUAGUGAAGGAAGCUGGUUUCCCUCCUGGUGUGGUGAAUAUAGUCCCAGGAUUUGGACCCACAGCCGGUGCAGCCAUUGCUAGCCAUGUGGAUAUUGACAAAGUGGCAUUCACUGGAUCAACCGAGAUUGGGAAACUUGUCAAAGAAGCGGCUGCUAAAAGUAACUUGAAACGAGUGACUCUAGAACUGGGAGGGAAAAAUCCAUGCAUCGUUUAUGCUGAUGCUGACUUGGACCUGGCAGUGGAGGAGGCGCAGCAGGGAGCGUUCUUUAACCAGGGCCAGUGCUGCACGGCCGCCUCUCGCAUCUUCGUGGAGGAGCAGAUCUAUGAGGAGUUUGUCAGGCGGAGUGUGGAGCACGCUGGGAAGAGAGUCAUCGGGGAUCCGUUCGAUCCACGAACAUCCCAGGGACCGCAGAUUGACCAGGAGCAGUUUGAUAAGAUCAUGGAGCUGAUUGACAGUGGGAGGCGGGAAGGCGCCAAGCUGGAGUAUGGCGGCUCAGCCAUUGAGGACAGAGGUCUAUUCAUACAGCCCACUAUAUUUUCGGGUGUUAAAGACCACAUGCGCAUUGCUAAGGAGGAGAUCUUUGGACCCGUACAGUGUAUAUUUAAGUUUAAAAGCCAAGAGGAAGUCAUUAAGAGAGCGAACAGUACUCGGUAUGGAUUAGCAGCAGCUGUGUUUACAAAAAGCAUGGACAAAGCGCUGAGUGCAGCUUCUGCUUUGGAGGCUGGGACUGUCUGGAUAAACUGUUACAAUGCUCUCCAUGCACAGGCUCCCUUCGGUGGCUAUAAGAUGUCGGGAAAUGGCAGAGAACUUGGGGAAUACGCUCUGGCAGAAUACACCGAAGUUAAAGCAGUCACAAUCAAACUUACACAAAAGGAUCACUGAAUAAACAAUGAACAGAGAACUGGAAAACUCCCAGUGUACAGUACAAGUCACUACUGGAGUGGAGAACAAAGCGUGCCAGCCUCACAGCUGGUGCUACAGCAGCACAUGCUACUGUAUCAGAACACCAGCCCUUUAGAGAUAAUCAAGGGAUGUGUUUUAAAACCAUAGUGUAUAAAAGAAUCUCCUUAUAUGUUUUAGAUUUUCGACUCUAAAAAGCUCUUAUUUUAUUUAUUUAGAAAUUGUCUACCCAGGAGGACUGAAGUACAGCCCCUUGUUUUCUUUUCCCUGCUUCUUGAGAAAGCAGCAGGGAAAUGGUUUAUUAAGAGGCUUACUGGGGCAAUGUAAUCAAGGAAGGUGCUGCAGAAUUGUAUGUAUCUUGUGUAUCUUGACAUAAUGUUGUAUAACCUUUAGCAAGCCAUUCAAGCCACAAAGGCUUAUUUUUUGUCCAUCAGCCAGUUUCCCCAUUUCUCAAACCGCAGGGAUAUACAUAGCUCUGUGAAUUUAAAGUUUGCAAAGGCAGUUCCUGAUAUUUCACUUCACAGAACAAAAGGAAAGCUUCAAAGACAUCUGUGGGUUUUGUGUUUUUUUUGUUUUGUUUUACAAGCCGUCUAUAAUUCCAAAGCCAUCCAGAAUGUUUUUCUAGUUUACGGCAACUGUAAACUGCUUCCCCACUGGCACUCUAACCUGCACUGUUGGUUCCACUCUUCCGACCAAGCCGUGAAGGUUAAUUCAACAGUAAGGACGGAAUUUGAAGGUGCACUCAACAUUGUCAGGUUUAAGAGGCAGAGGAAGAGUUCAAACAAAAUAACAGCGACAAGCUGAACUUGGCGAUUGAAACACCGGCAGAACAAAAAUAACUACUGUAUUAUCUAAACUAAAGUAGGCCACCACAUGUAUGAAAACAGACUAAUAAUUUGCCAGAAACAUACCCUUUAAUAGUUGGUUUGUUGUCUGCUUAAUCUCUUGGAAGCAAAGCAUUCUGUGCUGGAUCUGCUGUUUGAUUUCAGAUUCCCGGUAGAGAAUGAGGUCAAACUUGAAAAUUGCUCUUUAGGACAUUUAUAUAAUAUUUAUAUGUGAAUGUGUAUUAUUAAAAUUUUCUUUGUUAAUAUAAAAAAACAAAAAAAAACGUUGUUGUAUUUGGGUAUGAAUAAACACUUCACAUUUUAAGAUUGCAAUGGAACUUGGUAUGCGGUUUACUAUACAUUAGAUUUUGUUUCUAUGAACAUUAUAACAUCUCUGUGUAGCCGUUUAGAUUUCCCAACUGGGACAGUAAAUAGACCCCAGUAGAAGACCAGCUACAGCUUUUAUAAUCUUAUGGUCUCUGGUUUUAAAAUCAGCCCUUGAUAAUAUAUUCACUGGGUGGGGUGGGGACUCACACUAACAUGCAUUUAUAGUUCAGCCCAAUUCUAUUGUAAAUGAUAUGAAUGAGCCUCUUCAAUUAUUAUGACUCCCUGGUAAUGCGAAUGUGGCUACUUUAAUAAAAUGGUUUGCAAAAUGGUUGUUAAUUAAUUAAUUAUAUGUGUGUGUGUGUGUGUGUGUGUGUGUGUGUGUGUGUGUGUGUGUGUGUGUGUGUGUGUGUGUGUGUGUGUGUGUGUGUCUGUCUUACAUUUGUAGCAUUUAAGACAACUUGUAAAAUAUACAACAAUCAUUUUCUAUUUAAUAGGUCAUUUAAGUGUUUUGUAAAAGAGAUGUCUGUCCUGGUGGGUUUUUUUUUUUCUCUUCUUGAAUAGAUGACAUGUCAAUGUAGGCCAUCAAACCAAUUGUAAUACUGUUGUUUCAGUUCCAAUAUAGAAUGUUUAAUUGUUAUAAUAUUCUUGGAUGUGUAUGAUUAUGCUCCAGUGAUUUCUGACUUUUAAACUGUUUUUGACUUUUAUAUAUUUAA